UGUUUGGAGAGGCUGAUCUUGCGCGUAAAACAUCCGCGAUAUUCGAGGCGCUCCAGAGAUUUGCGCGAGCAUGCCCAGUGCGCGCAGCUCCGCUCCACAGGAAAAGCGCCGCCGCAGCGUCGGAGUCACAGCGAGCGUAGCCUGCGUGUCAGUGCGGUCGACUUGCAGCUGGCUGUGAGGAGAGCUGACGCUACCCUACCGAGAGCCGAGAGCCCGUCGCAGCGAAGCGAAGCGAAGCGAAGCGUCCCGAAGCCCGCAGAGUCGCCUCGACGCCGCGCGCGGCUCCGUCCCCCGAGUUCGGCAGCCGCUUUUUUAAAGUUGGAGGCUGGGCCUUUAGCUUCACUAACGGUCGCUGAGCGGAGAGGAAAAUAAGCUGCUCCGUUUUGUUGUUGUUGUCGAACAAACUCGAUAAAUGCUACUAACGAAGAUGGACCUGUUGAACUACCCGUACCUGGACAAGAUGAACAACAACAUCGGAAUCCUCUGCUACGAAGGUGAAGCAGCUCUGAGGGGGGACCCCCGGCUCCAGUCCCUGUCCCUGUCCUCGUCGUCGUCAUCUUUAUCGUCGUCCUCCUCGUCGUCCUCGUCCUCGUCUUCCUCUUCCAUCUCUAGCCACAGGACGGGUCCUCCACCCAUAAGCCCCACCAAGAGGAAGCUGAGUGGGGAACAGGGCGACAGCGACAUGGACGACAAUGAGCAUGUGGCAAAAAUGAACCGGCUGUUUGCUGCACAGCUGAAGCCUAAUGGAGACUACCGCAGUUCUCCACUCUCUAAGGACCGAAGCCGGAGCCCAAUUGAACGCGUGGUAGUUCCCGGUGGCCUAGGAGUCCACAGCAACCACCUGUACAGUCAUGCCCUCCCCCAUCACCAUCUGGCCAGCUUAGCUGCUAUGGACCAGCCACUGGCACUCACCAAAAGCAGCAUGAUGGAGUCUGCACGUAGCAGCACAGCAGCUCUGAGCACAGUGCCGCACACAGUCAGUGCUGUGGAACGCCAGCAGAACCGUCCUUCAGUGAUUACAUGUGCCCCAGCCAAUAACCGCAACUGCAACCUGUCUCAUUGUCCAGUUUCCAACAACGGGUGCUCAAGCCUCAGUAACAAUUACAAGAGAAUCAAUACAAACACAGCGUGCGACCCUGUGAUUGAGGAGCAUUUCCGCCGCAGCCUGGGGAAGAACUACAAGGAGCCCGAGCCCGCUGCCACCAACUCGGUGUCCAUUACAGGCUCAGUGGACGACCACUUUGCCAAGGCGCUGGGCGAGACCUGGCUCCAGAUCAAAAACAAGGGGAGUCCCUCCUCGACCAGCAGCAGCCCAAACUCCUCCCCUGACAGUCACAUGAUCAACCACAGCCACUCCCCUUCGGUGCUCUCAUGAAGGGCGAGGGAAUAAAGAGGGAUUUGCCUGCUUUCCCAGCCCUCUCAAUCACCCUCGCUCCAACUUCUAUGCCCUCGUCACUCCUGCUUUGUCCCCAGCGUCCCAGAGGGAAUGUCUGCCUGGUGGUCUGCUAGAACACAUGAAAACCCCCGAAGCCUGCUCUCGUAAAGGAUCAGUCAAGCAAUAACAAAGUAGUCUGUUUUCCCCCACAUCGGAAUGGUGGCGGUUCCACUUAGGGACUUGACUGGAGCAUUGACCUGCUCCAUCCAGUGAUUCAGCAACCCUGCAUAUCAAUCAAGCCUGGAGUCAAGCAUGUGUCUGUAGUUAUAUGUACAUACAGCGAGAGGACAGACAGUGUUUUAAUUAUACAUUUUUUUCAUAGUUCUUGUUGGUUUCUUUAACAGUAGUUUUGUGUACAGCUUCUGCGUUAUGAGAGAAAAGAUCAGAGAGAAACACUUUGGAGACAACAAUCAAACCACCUGACUGUGCUACCAAAGAAACCUCAGCUGCUGAUGUUGGUCUGUGCCCCUGAAUACGAAGCAACAAGACGCCACCUUGAAAUCACCCCUUCCGUUUUAUUCUUGCUCACGUGCCCAUCAUACACCGGCACAUGCAUUCUAGUGAUGGCUGUUACUGGUCUGAUUUGCACUACCCUCCUACAGGGUGAAAGGUGGCCCGGUAGUAUUGCAAUCUGGCACCGCACACAAUAAGCUGAUUUGUGUGUGCACAGAAAAUCCACCUAUUUGGGGCCCUAAUAAGUCGGGUUUAAACUUGAAGGCAUUUUCUUUCUUAUAACAGACCAUAACAGACCCACACAAGCCCCACUGUUACUAAAGUACAUCUAAAACACACAUACAAGUGAGGUUUUGCAGUAUAACAUGGUAAAUAUUUGAAUUGUACUACAAUUCUGAUUGAGUUUUAUCAUCAUGUUAAUGUGCAAUCUACUGAGAUUAUGAGGGAAAAUGACAAAACCUACAUACAAUGUAUCUCCAGUAUUCAAAAUAUAUACAGACAUACUCUACUUGCUUGCAAGAACUGCCCCCAAAAUGAAUUGUGCCACAACUGAUGCGAUUACACGCCGGUCAGAUCCACUACCUGUGGUGCUGAUGGUCAUCACAUGCAUUAUAAAGGUAGAUUAGGGCUGAAAACACAACGUGCAGCGUGUUGAAGUCUGGGCUUUGCUGAACAAUGCGCUUUGAGGUGUGUGGCAGGCUCAACUGCUGACAGUGAUGAGGGGGGAGAUGAUGGUGCACGUCACUUUGUGGUUGGAGGGAGAGAAAAAAAGUCCCGUUUCUCGACUGGGGGAGAGAAGGUUUUUCCGAUCUCUUCAAACACGCCUUUUGUUUUUGUAACCCUUUGAACACGGGUGUUGUAAUUAUAUCUGGCUUACACCCUGGUAAUCCCUCUUUACCCUAAACACUGUGGUUUGAUAGAUUUCUGCAAAGGUUGAAGGGCAAACUAAUGCUUUUACAGAUGCAUGUUUUUGUUUUUAAUAGCUGGUAUCUAUUAGUGAUUUUAAGCAUUUCAAUCUUAACUGAUAGUAGCCUUUUCACUCGGACGUUACUUGUUACUUCUUUUGUUGUCAGUAACAGACAUACAGUAGAGACUAUACACUCACUGCUGGGUCAGUUGUACUCCAUAUUGUUGUUGUUAAUAUUACAAUAUUGUAUUUUUGUUUUCCAUUAAUAUCCGCAUGGUAACAAACAUCCAUAGUGGGACAGCCUCUGGACAGGCUCUGUUAAACGAUAAGAGCUGCGUUCUUCACUGACUGGUGUUGGGACGCUCUGCUCAUCGACCCUUGAACGCGUAUGGGACGCUACAACCUUCAGCGUGAUUGAGCAGAGACACCAAAUUGGCACAAAUGAGUCCCCACAGCCUUGUUUUCCAUAAAAGCAUCAUAGCCUUUAUGCUCCCGUCUGUUUAGCUGCACACCUUUGUACCCACUCUUACUGUUUCCAUUGUUGGAGUUUGAAAAGUCGUCCUAGCGGGCUAAGAUGCUUUUGUACGACAAGGUAAUGUCUGCGUACGAGCUAGUGAUAAUCACACACGUGAUUACACCCAAACGAGACGCGAAAUACGAAAAUACAGCGCAAAAAACAGAGAAACUAUUAAUCAGGCAUUAUCUUACUUUAAACAGUAUCAUGAGUUUUCAGUUCUAUCCUGAAUUGGUGUGCAGCCUUUUUCAGUUCAGUACUUUCUUUCUGAGCUGCAUUGUGUUGUUGCUGCAGUUAGUCUAGUCUGCACAAGGUGGCUAACAUUCCUACUUCAGGGAGCUUCGUAUAGUCCUUGUACCCACUCAGUAUCUCUAUAUGAAAAUGAGAGAGCUGAUAACGAGCCUGAGGCCUUUGUCCCAGAGUCCCCUCUUUCUUGUCUUUAUGAGAAUUACAAAAAAAUCACUUCAGGUUAUUUUAUGCCGAACAUCUCUACCAUGUGAGAAAGGAACAAACAAGGCCAUAGCAGAGCACAUUCAGAGCACGGAACUUAAUAGAAUUCUCAGAUGUUGUACUACGUUCUGUGGUAAACAUACAUUUUCAUUAUUUUAUGUCUCAGAACCGAACUUCCUUGUUAAUGAAUCCAAAUAUGAGUACAUUUAUCAGAGUUCUCUAGAUGGAACACUUGUUACGCUUGAGAAUAUCCACACAUUCCACCCUCAAGUACUAGAACAGAUGGCCACCGUUCUGCAAUUUACAAUCUCCCUGGAAGUUCGAGUUUGAUAACCCAUAAGUAAUAUUGAUACCACACACACACACACACACACACACACACACACACACACACUGUAUGAGCUAAAAUAUGCUUUCUGUGACAAGUGCAGAGGGGUCGGGGUGGUGUUUAUUGGCAGUUGGGGGGAGGGGCAGGGUUUCAGGAGCUGAGCUCCUGUAAGCGCAGUCUGUAAACCAGGGGACGUUCAGCUGCCACUGAAGGUCUUUUCGCAAUGACACCACCUCCUGUCACAUUCAGUUGACCCUGAUUGGUGAUUGGGUAAAGUUGGUAACUUGUUAGAAAACGCGAGGGAAAUGGGCGUGGCGUCCAGAGGAUGUUGUUCCUAUUAUUAUACUUUCUCAUUAUUAUCAUUUCACUACCACCUUGUAGGUAGAAGACUCUCUUCCUGCUUUGGCACACACUCCCUACACACUGUGGGAGAAUCACUUAAUAAAAAUACUUUUUUAUAAUAGGUAACUAUAAGACCAUCAUUACGCUGUGCGUGAUGAAUGUACAGAGAAAAAAUCGUAGGUAUUUUUUGAGGAACAAUUAAUUUGUUAAUGAUAUGUAGCUAUUUAAUUGUUGGUUUUCCCUGUUCUUAUAAUGUAAUCAUUGCAUUUUCUUUUUUGUGAAAAAGUUGAUCUUUUUUUGUUUAUAGUGUUUGUUUUGUUAGAGCAAAGGUUCAAGUGCAGGAACACAGUAAAUGUUUGAAACCACAAUAAGC